AAUGAGGAGGCAGAAACGACGGCUGGGCUACAGCAUCCCGCGGCUCCUAAGCGUUCCGGGCCGUUUUCCUGAAUCUACUGCUUCCUUACCUCUCUAAUAUCGCCGAGAGCUCAGCAACCAGGCUGAACCGUACCCUUUAGAAGAAUGGAAGCUAACGCAUCCGCUGACAUGUUUUCAAAAGUCCUGGAGAAUCAGCUGCUUCAGACUACCAAAUUAGUGGAAGAACGUCUCGACUCUGAAAUUCAGAAAUUGGAGCAGAUGGACGAGGAUGAAUUGGAACGCCUCAAAGAAAAGAGACUUGACGCACUAAGGAAAGCCCAACAGCAGAAACAAGAAUGGAUUUCUAAAGGACAUGGGGAAUACAGAGAAAUCCCUAGUGAGAGAGAUUUUUUUCAAGAAGUCAAAGAGAGUAAAAAAGUGGUUUGUCAUUUCUACAGAGACACAACGUUCAGAUGUAAAAUUAUAGACAGGCAUUUGGCGAUACUGUCCAAAAAACAUCUGGAAACCAAGUUUUUGAAGCUGAAUGUGGAAAAAGCCCCUUUCCUUUGUGAGAGAUUACGUAUCAAAGUCAUUCCCACACUAGCACUGGUAAAAGAUGGGAAAACACAAGAUUACGUUGUUGGAUUCACUGACCUCGGGAAUACGGAUGACUUCAGCACAGAAACUUUAGAAUGGAGGCUUGGCUGUUCUGAUAUCCUUAAUUACAGUGGGAACUUAAUGGAGCCACCAUUUCAGAGCCAAAAGAAAAUUGGAACAAGCGUGACAAAGCUGGAAAAGAAAACUAUCCGAGGAACGAAAUAUGAUUCAGACUCUGAUGAUGAUUAGAACUUCAUUGUAACUCUUUGUAAAUCCUCUUUUGAUUUCUGCCUAUUUCAGACUUAGAUGUGUUUUCUAAAUUAGAUUGGUUUCGAUAUUGUUCACCUGAUGCUCACACCCUAGAAUUUUAUACAGUUGCGUCACAUUGAAAUACAUCUUUGAUAUUUUCUGUGUGGAGAUUAUGUUUAAGGUGAGGAAAACUCAUGCAUUUUUACAUGAUGUGGGAAGGGUCUGGAGUCUAUUUUUAAGGUUGAUUUUAUCACAGUGUGAUUUUUAGUUUUUAUAUCGUUCACCUCUGUAUUUUUAAUCUACUAAACUAGAAACACAGCCAGCAGGCUGUCCCAGGACUAAACGCUGAGCUGCAUUAUGUACUUUAUACAAAAGGUCAGGCACCAUGUACUACACUUGUAAGUUUAUUUGAAGCACUCUUCACUCCUACAAUAUUUUUAAAUAACUGUUAGAGAACUGCAUAUUUAUUAAUUCUGUGUUGAUGCCGAAUCAGCUGAUUGCAGCAGCGACCUAUUUCAGGUUGUGAACAUAUUGCCUUAUAUAAAGGAUUUUGUGUUUGUACUUUAAGACACACAUUAAAAACUUAAAUCAGGUUUCA